GGCCGAACUAGCGUAGGGUCGUGCGGCCCAGAAACUCACAGCCGGUCGAAGGGCGGCGCGGCGCAAAGAAGGCCCGACCAGGAUCGCGCGUGAGGAGACGUCGCGGGCGCCGGGCGAGAGGCCGGCGUGAGGGGGCGCGGAGGCAGGGGCCGCCGGCUGCCGGGACCCGCCUGUCCUCGCGUCCGCCGCCGGCAUGAGCCACAUCCAGAUCCCACGGGGGCUCACGGAGCUGCUGCAGGGCUACACCGUGGAGGUGCUGCGGAGGCAGCCUCCCGACCUUGUCGACUUCGCGGUGGACUACUUCACCCGCCUGCGCGAGGCCCGCGCCCAAGCCUCCGGCUCGCCCGCCACCCCUCCUUCCGGCGCCCAGCGUCCAGAGCCCGGCCCUGGCCUUGUCGCCGACGCGAACGCGGACAGCGAGACCGAGGAGGACGAGGACUUGGACGUUCCAAUUCCUGGUAGAUUUGAUCGGCGAGUAUCAGUCUGUGCUGAGACCUAUAAUCCUGAUGAGGAAGAGGAAGAUACUGAUCCAAGGGUGAUCCAUCCUAAAACUGAUCAACAGAGAUGCAGACUUCAGGAUGCUUGCAAAGAUAUUCUCCUUUUCAAAAAUCUUGAUCAGGAACAGCUUUCUCAAGUCCUCGAUGCCAUGUUUGAAAGGACAGUCAAAGUCGAUGAGCAUGUUAUUGACCAAGGAGACGACGGAGACAACUUUUAUGUCAUAGAACGGGGAACUUAUGAUAUUUUAGUGUCAAAAGAUAAUCAAACCCGCUCUGUUGGUCAGUAUGACAACCGUGGCAGUUUUGGAGAACUAGCUCUGAUGUACAACACCCCAAGAGCUGCUACCAUUGUCGCCACUUCAGAAGGCUCCCUUUGGGGACUGGACCGUGUGACUUUUAGAAGAAUCAUCGUGAAAAAUAAUGCAAAAAAGCGGAAGAUGUUUGAAUCAUUCAUUGAAUCUGUGCCCCUCCUUAAAUCACUAGAGGUGUCAGAACGAAUGAAGAUUGUGGACGUAAUAGGAGAGAAGACCUAUAAGGAUGGAGAGCGCAUCAUCUCUCAGGGUGAAAAGGCUGAUAGCUUUUACAUUAUAGAGUCUGGCGAAGUGAGCAUCUUAAUUAGAAGCAAGACUAAAGCAAACAAGGAUGGCGGGAACCAGGAGGUCGAGAUUGCCCGCUGCCAUAAGGGGCAGUACUUUGGAGAGCUUGCACUGGUCACCAACAAACCCAGAGCUGCUUCAGCGUAUGCAGUGGGAGAUGUCAAAUGCUUAGUUAUGGAUGUUCAGGCGUUCGAGAGGCUUCUGGGGCCCUGCAUGGACAUCAUGAAGAGGAACAUCUCCCACUACGAGGAACAGCUGGUGAAGAUGUUCGGCUCCAACAUGGAUCUGAUCGAUCCUGGGCAGUAGUUGGCUGACGUCGGGGUUUUUGUUCUGGACAUGCAUUUGUAACCAGUCUUGCCAAGAUACAAGUCAUUUCGGUUUCUCACUACAAUUACCUCUUGUUCCUCCUGUCUCGACUGCUGACGUUCCUCAGUGAUUCCAGCGUCUGUUUUACGGGAAGCAGCCUUCCCGUGGGUUUCCUUUUACACACUGCAGGGCUAUCUUUAUACUUUAAAAAAAAAAAAAUUUUUUUUUUUAAAGGAGAAAACUGUCACUAACCUCAUGGGGGAUUUGCAGAAAACCAUUUAGCCCACCUUGAGCAAAAGGUAUAGAUUUCUCAUUGUUUUCUUAAGCUCAUUGUAAUAAAAGAAAUAAUUAAGCAUUAUUGUGCUACCUCAAAGGUAAAAAUGUUUUAAGGUCUUUUUUUGGUCCCGAGUUCUACACAUAGUGUUUAAAAUGUCUUUCAGUUGGAAUUAUUUUUAAAUCAUUGGGGAGAACCUUCUUUUAACCUGUUUUACACUUGUAUUUUAAUCUCAGAAGAAUAAGUGAUUGGAAAAUGAUUAAUUCUUGCUCUGUACUAUUGAACGUCUAAUUAAAUCAUUGUUUGCCAUAAACAAGGCUGGGUUUUUUAAAAGGAAACUCUAGGGCUCGGCUUCGCUCUUGGUUAAUAAAGGCUGACAAACCACGUCUGACUUUCCGAUGCA